CCAAAAUAUAACAAGCGAUCUAUUGUUGCUCAUAUUUCUCGGAAAGCUGUUGUAAAGAACCGCGCCUUCCAAUAUAUCACAAAGACAGCAACAUGGCAAGCAUUGAAGCAGAAGGUCCCGACGUGUCGGGCGAGGUUCCCCAGGUUCCCAUCAACUUCGUUCCUGCCACGGAGGGCGAGACAUUCGCUUUGGGCCAGUUGACCAUCAGGAUUAUGGAAGAUGGCUCGAGGACAGAUAACAGAAUUGGCACUGUCGAAUUGACUGUUCCUGCCAACACCUCCGGCCCACCUCCUCAUUGGCAUGAGAUGCAUGAUGAGACCUUCUUGGUCACCGAGGGUACCAUCAGAUUCACCUGGUACACAGCCAGAGCAUCAGAGCCAACAAAAACGGUCGACGCGCACGCUGGCGAUUACGUCGUCGUGCCAGUGAGAGCUCCUCAUACUUUCUCCAAUCCGACGGACAAGCAAGCCAAGUUUGUCAACACCUUCACUCCGGCAUUCUAUGUCAACUACUUCAAGUUGUUGGCCAAAUACAUUGGCGAUGGAAAGGUCAUGACCCCGGAGGCCAACAAGAAGGCAAUGGCCAGCUAUGCCACCAUCCCACUGCCGAAGUGAGGAUGAUCGACUGGAAGCAAAUAUCUGCUCAAAUGAUACAGCCUCAACAAUGCCACAGUUUCAGAAUCUUGUGUCGCGGCGGUGGAGAUGUUGCAAGAUCGUAGUUGAGCGGCAGAAAGACGUGCAUUGAAAAGACAUGUAAACAACGUUGUGACACGAGCAAGUCCUAAUUCUUGGCGAUACUAGAUUUCGGUGUUGGAAUCGAUUGUUCAGGAGUAGGUCGUCGUAUGUGUACACGAGUCCAUCAAGGCGAGGGGAAGGAGCAGCCAGACCGACUUUGAUCGGAUACGUUGUUGAUUUAUACUGACCGUAUAGCUCUCGGAGGACACACACUUCUUCUUCUAGUGUCGUCUAGUUUGAGUAGAGCAAUCUCCUGCAUAUUAUGCCAUGG